GUUGGUGAAAUGAAUAGCGAUUUGAAGAAAACAUUGAAUCAAUCAUUGUCAUCAAAGUCACGGCCCAGUGAAGAAGACAAAAGUAGAACUCUUAAAUCGGUUUGUCGAGUUUUGAUGAAUUAUUUGGACAAUAAUUUGAUGCAAUUUUUAGGUUGA